CUAAACACUUCUUGGCUAACAUCCAAAAAUAUAAUAAUUGCUUCCAAAUGACAUCGUUUGGUGCAACGCAUAUAGUACAAGACGGGUUCAUGCCUACUUUCAAGGUAGUAUACCAUAAUUGUUUUAGUGAAAUUCUAAUUUGUAUUUGUAUCACAAUUAAUUUAACCAGUUCUUAAACAAUUACAGAUACAAGGACAAAUUCAUCACCUACUGGGGGCAAUGCUGCCAGUGCCAGAUGCAGAUCAUAAAUUUUUGCAAAUUUAUUUUAUGGGCAAUCAAGAUGUGGAAGUUGAUACACGUUGUGGUCAUAAUCCAACCGUCAAGCGAAUCAUUGUCCAACAACUGCAAACAUUUCUUCACGAGAAUAAUGAAUUAGUGAAGAUGUUCAAAAUGGCACUGGAUCGGAUGCCAUCAGACAGCCAUAAUAUUGUAAUAAGAGCCGACAAAACACCUGCUGGAGAGCAUGCAAGGAGGUUUAAUUCACCGACAAUAGAUGAAGUGGCUAUUGUCGUUGUUGGAGAGAAUUUGCAAUCAAGAGAUAUUGUACUUCAUCGCCGGAACAAUGAAUUGAAACGUGUAUAUGAAACGCAUAGAGCUUAUGAUGCUUUACAAUACCCAUUAAUUUUCUGGCAGGGAGAAGAUGGGUACCAUUUUAAUAUCAAAAUGGUUAAUCCAACAACAGGUGCUGAUACACACAAAAAAGUCAGUGCCAUGAAUUAUUAUGCAUACAGACUCAUGAUCCGUGAAGGUGAAGUAAAUCACAUUUUGAUGUGUCAACGGCUCUUUCAUCAGUAUGCAGUGGACAUGUACGUCAAAAUUGAGACUGAAAGAUUGACAUACAUCCGUCUUAACCAACAGCAGCUUCGAUCUGAAGAGUACAUUCAUCUUCGCGAUGCAAUCAAUGCUGACGGCAAUGUAAAUAAUGUAGGAAGAAUGACAAUUUUACCGGCCACUUACAUCGGAAGCCCGCGCCACAUGCACGAGUACGCUCAAGAUGCGAUGUCUUAUGUUCGAAAGUAUGGCCGUCCAGACCUAUUUAUUACAUUCACCUGUAACCCACAAUGGAUUGAAAUAAAAAAAGAACUGCUACACAACCAAACACCACUUGAUAGGCAUGACAUCACAGCCAGAGUUUACAAGCAAAAAUUAAAAUCUUUAAUGAAUUUCAUUACAAAGCAUCGUGUGUAUGGCCAAGUACGUUGUUGGAUGUACUCUGUUGAGUGGCAAAAGCGUGGUUUGCCACAUGCUCAUAUAUUAGUCUGGUUGGUUGACAAAAUAAGGCCAGAAGAAAUUGAUUCCAUUAUUUCAGCCGAAAUUCCUGAUGAAACGGUUGACCCAAAAUUGCAUACGAUAGUAACUAAACACAUGAUACAUGGACCUUGCGGAGUUUUCAACAACAGCUCACCCUGUAUGAUCGACGGCAAGUGCUCCAAACGGUACCCGAGAAACUUGCUUGCUGAAACCAUCUCGGGAAUCGAUGGUUACCCAUUGUAUCGUCGGCGAUCAGUUGAGGACGGUGGACGAUCUGUAGAUGUCAAGAUAAAAGGACAAGAUUUUCAUGUAGACAAUCGUUGGAUUGUGCCGUUCUCGCCCAUAUUGUCCAAAACUUUUGAAGCUCACAUCAACGUGGAAUUUUGUAACUCUGUGAAAUCCAUAAAGUACAUAUGUAAAUAUGUUAACAAAGGUAGCGACAUGGCCAUGUUCGCAGUAACAAACACAAAUGAUGAAGUGUCUCACUAUCAGAUGGGUCGCUAUGUAAGCAGCAAUGAGGCUAUUUGGCGCAUAUUUUCGUUUGCAAUUCAUGAAAGACAUCCCACUGUAUUGCAUUUGGCAGUUCAUUUAGAAAAUGGACAACGAGUGUAUUUCAACCCAAACAACGCUGUGGAUAGAGCGGCACGUCCACCUGUGACCACAUUGACAGGUUUCUUCUCAAUUUGUGCAACUGAUCAAUUCGCUCGCACUUUGUUGUAUGCUGAUAUGCCGCGCUACUACACAUGGAACGCAUCAUCAAAGUCUUUUCAGCGUCGUAAACAAGGAACACCACUUGAAGGAUAUGAAAAUGUAUUUGCCACAGAUGCUAUAGGCCGUAUAUAUACAGUACAUCCUAAUAACGAUGAAUGUUAUUAUCUUAGAUUGUUAUUGGUGAAUGUUCCUGGUCCGACAUCUUUUCAACAAUUGCGAACAGUUGAUGGACAUCUGUGUGCGACUUACCGUGAGGCGUGUCAAUUAUUACGGUUGCUUGAAAACGAUUCGCAUUGGGAUGAUACGCUCAAGGAUUCCGUGAUAUCUUCAUCGCCGCAUCAAAUUCGCACACUGUUUGCGAUUAUAAUAUCGACAUGUUUCCCCUCAAAUCCGAAUGAUUUGUGGAUGAAAUAUAGGGAUGACAUGUCUGAGGAUGUGUUGCAUCGCGUGCGUUGUGAAACUUUGAAUCCUACAUUGGAAAUUACGGCAGAGAUUUACAAUGACACAUUGAUCAUAAUAGAAGAUAUGUGUUUGUUGAUGGCAAAUAAAGUAUUGUCGUGUUUGGGCCUGACAGCACCCAAUCGUGCUAUGCAAGAUGCAUUAAACCAUGAGUUGCAAAGAGAACUCCAGUACGAUACUCAAGCUAUGACCGAAGCAGUUCGCACAACUGUUCCGCAAUUGAACGAAGAACAAAGGAUUGCGUACGAUCGUUUAACACAAGCUGUAAACAGUGGGUCUGGGGGAUUUACUUUCUUGAUUCUCCUGGGGGUACUGGGAAAACGUUCCUAAUUUCAUUGCUAUUAGCAAAGAUCCGAUCGCAAAAUGAGGUAGCCCUAGCGUUUUCUUCAUCUGGAAUAGCAGCAACUUUAUUAGAAGGCGGACGAACUGCACAUUCAGCCUUAAAAUUACCAUUAAACAUGCAUAUCAACGAGACGCCAGUUUGCAACAUUGCCAAAAAUAGCGCUAUGGCGAAGACUCUCCAAGUAUGCAAAUUGAUAAUUUGGGACGAAUGCAAAAUGGCCCACAAGAGGUCGCUGGAGGCACUAGAUAGGACGUUAAAAGAUUUACGUGAUAACCAAAACAUUUUUGGUGGAGCUAUGAUACUGUUGUCAGGUGAUUUUCGUCAGACUCUUCCAGUAAUUCCUCGAUCGACUGUUGCUGACGAAAUAAACGCAUGUCUAAAAUCAUCAAAUUUGUGGCGGCACGUAAAGACACUACAAUUAACUACUAACAUGCGAGUGUUUUUGCAACAAGAUCAAACUGCGACUGUGUUUUCGAAGCAGUUGCUGGAUAU